CCUAUUGACGUCUUGGUGUUGAUUUCAUCUCACGUUCUACGAAACUGAAGAGCGCUUGUUGAAUUCAAGGAAAUAGCGACACAGAAACAACACUUCUUCGAGAGAAAGUUGAAUCUCGCCUCCCAUUAGAGCCAGCCUAAAUGACUAAAAUGCCAUUCUCUUCUCCUUUUCGAUCACAUAUCUUCCGAUCCUUCCCGGCGGUUCUUUCUUUCUUCUUGCCUUACUCAAAUACCUUCAACAAAAUCCCCCAUUUUCACGGUAAAUCUAGCCGACCAAUCAUGUCAGUAGAAACUCAUCUCUCAGACUACCCAAAACCUUUAUCACAACCAUUACCAGCUAUCUCUAAGGAAAUUGAAUUGAAUAGAGCUUUAUCUGCUACUUCAAAAUCGACUUCAUUCUCUCUGACACCAAAAGAUGUAAUCUUUGAAGAUGAAUGGAUGGUUAUUGUUAACAAACCGCAAGGAAUUUAUUGUGAAACUGUUCUUUCUUCGGUUCCUCAACUUCUUAAUAACAAAACUGAUUUAACGGAUUCAAAGACUGAAACCAACUCACUAGAGCUUCAUCUUGCUAAUCGGCUCGAUCGCGAUACAAGUGGUUUAAUGGUCAUAACAAAAUCACACAAAGUUGCAGGGAAGUUAGUUAAAGCCUUCACUGAUCACAAAGUUAAAAAAACCUACAUCUCUAUGUGCAUUGGAGUAGCUCCAAAAUGGGAUAGAAUCAGUUUAAAAUCAGGUCAUGGGAGGUCGAGAUUUGGUGUUUGGCGUGUUUAUGCUGCAUCAGACGUUGGCCGUGCAUUGCCAGGAGGAUCUUCAGUUAGAGAUAUGGCAACCACAUUUGAAGUUCUAUCUGUAAAUGGACAAGGUAAAUUCAAAGAACCGACUAAAUUGAGUAUCAACGAAGAUGUUUUAAUAGUUGAAGAACCAGGAAUAGUAGCUGGUGAAAAGAAUGAUGAGAUUUUGGUAAGAGCAUACCCACAAAGUGGAAGAACUCAUCAGAUUAGAUUACACAGUCAGUACCUUGGAAUUUCAAUUAGAGGAGACGUCAAGUACGAAGGUGUUUGCGAAUGGAAAGGGAAAGUUUACAGUGGCCAUGAGCUUCAUGCUGAGACUUUAACGUUUGAUCAUCCAAUUACCGGUCUCACGGUUGAGUUUCGAGCUCCUCUGCCUUCAUGGGCAACUCAAGCAUUAGGCUAACCCCAAUGGGAGAGAUUGAACUGCUAGAUUGGCCAAAAAGUGUUGCAAAUCAUGAAAAAAGCGUGGGAAAAAAGUUAACACUAGCAAUGGAUAGUUCUCUCUCCUAACAGUUGCUCGCAGUCCAACUAUCAGCGAGAUUGAAACGCUGAAUGGUUCGGCACUCAAAAAGUGUUUUUAACGCUGAACGGUUCGGCGCUGGGAGAUAAAUUUCAUGAUCCAACGGCUGAGAUUUAAAACGCCGAACCAAACGACGCUCUAUAGUGGUCCCAGAUGUGGAUGACCAAUCUAGCUGCUAGAUAUCUAACCCAUAUGAUUUAGGAGGUUGCCCAUGCUGACGUGGAUGGCCAAUCUAGCAACUAGAUAUCUAGCCCAUAGGACUAAGCCUUACAAAAGGAACUACAGUACCAGGAAAUUGUAUCACACUACGCGUUAUUUUUCUUUUUCUGAUAACAUCGUGCUAGGUUUUCGGAUUGAUAAUUGUUUUAUUGUUGUUUUCGCCAAUUUCCCAUGUGUAAUUUAAGAAUCGCAAGGCUGAUCUUGUUCUGACAUACACCCAUUAAAACCGGCUGAAGUAUAAUCGAAACACCAAUUGAAAUUGUAUAACUGAUUCACUAUCUGUAA